AUGUUUGAAGAUAUAACGUUUCGAAAUAAAGACCAUAUUAGAGUGUCAAGAACCUCGAGACAAUUAUUAAGUAAAUAUAAAGAACUUAAAAAAUUCACAGAAAUUUAUAAAAAAUCAAAUAAUUCAAAUAAACAAAAACUACGACGACAUAAAGGGAAAGUAUUGGAGAUAUUACAUAAUGAAUUGAAUAAAAAAUUAAAACCUGAAGAAACGUAUGAAAUUUGGCAUGAUUUAGCUAAUGUUUUGAAUAAAAAUGUUGCUAAGAAAGUUAGUAAUAACAAUACUAGAAUGAAUAAUAAAAAAAAGAAGAAGACGAAAACAGAUAUGGAGAUGAUUAUAGAUAAAGAGAAUAACAGUGAUACUGUUAUUGAUAAAGUUAAUUCAUUUUUGGAAAAACUGGGAAAUGGAGAUAUUGAAGAAUUUGAAGAAAAUGAUCAUAGAUAUGAAGAAUAUGAUAUUAUAAUGAGUAAUAAAUUGAAUCAAUUUUUAAAUAAUUUUGAUAAUUCAAAUCGAUUAAGUAAAUCAAAAUUUAUAAUUGAAUCAAAUGGUUUAGAAAUAUUACCUAUUGAAGAUGAUAAAGAUCAAUCUAAAUCAAUAUUUAAUCAUCAUUUAAAAAAUUUAACUAAUUUAUUACAUUUACAAAUAAUGAAACAAAAUUGGAAACAAUCUUAUAAAAUUUUUAGUAUAUUAAUUAGAUUUCCACAAGUUGAUUUAAGAUCUAUUUGGCCAUUAGGUAUUGAAAUUUUAUUACAUAUGAAUGAAAUUCAUCAAAAGAAUAAUUUAUGGUCAUUAAAAGUUAAAAAAUUUUUCAAUUAUUUAUCAUCGUUUUAUCUGAUUUCAAAUGUUAAUGCAACUACUAAUUCAAAAGUGAAUAAUAGAAGCAAUGUUGCUCCAGUUUGGAGAUCAGGUAGUAAAACAUUGACUCCAAUGUAUAUUAUUACUUCAUUAUGGUAUUUAUUUAUUCUUCAAGAUUAUGAACAAGUUAUGAAUAGAAUUAAUGAAUUAAUUUUAGAACCUCCUUAUAAUUUAGAAGGUGUUUUAUAUUUUAUUGCUAGUCUAUGUUCAUUAUGUAAUGGUUUUAAAAUUGUUGAAGCUUGGAAAAUUCAAAAUGAAGAUAUGGUUAAAUUUACAAAUGAAAUGAAUCAACCAAUAAGAUCACAACAUCAAGUAUCAGAGGAGUUAAAUAAAAUUGAAAAAGAUAUCAUGAACUAUUUAAAAAAAUGCACUGAAUUGCAAUUCAUAUUUCCUAAAGAACAAAUAGAACAAGAGUUGAAACAUUUACAUCAUGCAGUUCAAGAAAAGAAGAAUAUCACUAAUGAAUCAAGUUCAAGUGAGAAUGAAGAACAAGAGAAUGAAUCAGAUGAUUUAGAUUGGGGAGCGAUUAGUUCCGAUUCAAGUGAAAAUGAGAAUGAAGAAGAAGAAGAAGAUGAUAAAACAGAAGAAGCAAGGAAUAAAUCUCAAAUAUCAUUAUUAGCAUCUAAUCAACCAACUCAACUUGAUGAUAUUAAUUAUAAUCACUAUAGUGAUCAUGAUGAAGAGGAUGAACAAGAAGAACACGAAACAGAAAAGGAAUCAAGACGUGAAAGUUUAAAACAAAUAGAUAUGACAGAUGAUAAUAUUACCAUGAAUGGACAUUCUCUUGAAAAAGAUGAUGUAUCAUUUGAUGAAAUUCCAGCCACUCAGCCAAUAAUAUUACCAGAUACACAACCGAUAGAAUAUCAGGAUUAUCAGAAAGAUAUAAACAUGAGAGGAGAGGAUGAUGAUGAAGAAGAAGAAGAAGAGGAAGAAGAUUAUGUAAAUAACAAUAAUAAUUUUGGAUCUUUUGAUACCAGAAGAAACAGUUUAGAAUUAUACAGUACAAAAAGUUCAAGUGUUGAACCAGAUUUAAAAAGAAAUAUUCAAUCUCAAAAUGAAAGUCAACAAACAAUGCUUGAUUUUGAUUUUGAUUUUGAUUCUGAUUCAAAUUAA